CCGUAUCCAGACCUAUCACAGUCGCGGCGGACGUCUACGCGCUGCCUCCCUACGCGCGGCCUCCUCCUGGAGAAUGCGGGGCUAGGUCCCACUUACAUACACGAAUUAUUAAGCGAUAUUGACCGUAGAUAGCAAAGAUCAACGGCCAGAUUCUCUUAAUCCGUGCAAGUGGGACCUUGCCCCCGAUUAGUUUGGACGGUGGGGAAUCUUGGUCCGAGAGAUGGAUUGGUGAUGUGUGAAGCACUCGAAGAAUGACUUGAUUGGUUGAUUGGUUGGGUGAUCGUGUACGUGGAGGGUUGAUUGGUUGGUUGGUUGAUUGAUUGGGAGCUGUGGUCAAUCAGCUGAAGUCGCCUGCAGUCGGCCGACCGGUAGCAGUGUCUCUGGUCGCCGUGGAAGUGGGCAUUGCAAGCGAUUCGGUCUCCGCGAGUGGGGACGGUCGCGGGAGGGCGCGGGGGAGGUGGAAUGAGGGCGUUAUGUAGAGAGUGAGGCGCGAUGGCGGGGGAGAGAAAGAAGGGGCACUGACGGUGGAGCGGGAGUGCGCGUGCGCUUGACCCCCUUAGUGGGUAAUUGGAGCGGAGCUGGCACGUUGAGCUACGAUGUCUCUUCGGCCCUAAGUGGCAAUCGAGGGGGGCGGCUGACGUGGCAGGCGGACAGGGGAAAUAGACGUGGAAAGGGGGAAAAGGUGUGUAGAGAAGGAAGAUAUCAUCAAAGGAGACUGCAGCGGGGUUCUCGGGGGCGGGCGCGUUUGAGGCAAGGAGGUCAUAAGCGCGGCGGAAGGCGCGGUGGGGGAAGGGGGCGGGUGGGUGGGGGGGGUGUUGAGGUAUUGGACCAGAGGCACAGGCCUGCGCACACACUCGCGCGCACUGAUACUAAAAUCAAGCGCGGUGUGAGCUGUAACUUGACAGACAUCACGAACGCGCGCACGUCCAUACAUACAUACAUACGUGUGUGUGUGUGUGUGUGUGUGUGAGAGAGAGAGAGAGAGAGAGAGAGAGAGAGAGAGAGAGAGAGAGAGAGAGAGAUGGCUCAGACGUUGGAAGAUUGGUACAAGCAGAUGCCGGUGAUAACGAGGUCUUAUUUGACCUUGUCGUUUCUGACCACUGCAGGCAUUGCCUUGGAGGUCAUUUCGCCUCUCUCUGUCUAUUUCAACUACACGCUCAUUGUUCGGAAGUUUCAGAUAUGGCGGCUAUUCACAAAUUUCUUCUAUUUUGGAGAACUAGGUCUGGAUUUCAUUGUUCACAUGUUCUUCCUGGCUCGGUACUGUAAACUCCUGGAGGAGACGUCAUUUCGCGGCAGGACAGCAGACUUCUUCUUCAUGCUGUUGUUUGGCGGAGCCUUACUGACAUCAGUAGCCCCAUUUGUUGAUGUUGACUGUUUGGGAUCAUCGCUGACCUUUAUGAUGGUGUACGUCUGGGGCAGAAGGAAUCCCAAUGUGCAUAUGAGUUUUCUGGACCUCUUCAGCUUUACUGCACCUUAUCUACCCUGGGUUUUGCUUGCGUUCUCCAUCAUGCUGCGAAGCAGAAUUGUGGUCGAUCUGCUGGGGAUGGCUGCCGGGCAUGCCUACUAUUUCCUCGAAGAUGUUUAUCCCAGAAUGACUGGACGACGAGUACUGAAGAGCCCGGCAUUCAUCAAAGCUCUAUUCCCACAGGAAAAUAUUGUGGUAAUGCCUGCAGCACCUCAGAGACCCAUACUAAAUCAAAAUCGCAUCCCCAGGGAUUGAUCGACAAGGGGUAGCUCAGCGACUACUGAAUCGAACUUUUCGGACAAGGGGUAGCUCAGCGACUACUGAAUCGAACUUUUCGGAAAAUUUGGGAUGGGAGGAGGUGGGUGCUUCUACAGGUAAAGCCAGUAAGAAUGUGCAGCAGAUCCUUGUGUCCUCCUGCCAGCGGCGAUCUCCCUCCAUCCGACGGCUGAUAAGCGUUAAGCAGACAUGUGGAAGCUAAAGGGGUCCCAAUAUUGGCCCAGAAGCCGCCGAUAGCAUUACCAGAACCACGACCGAUCCUUGAGAAUACCGCCUAUAGCACGAGGAGGCUGCCUGGAGCAGCCAUGUGUGUUUGAAAUUGGACAGAAAUGUCGCGCUGUCUGAUCGGUCUGUUGCGGCAUGCUAACGUCUUCGCUCAAAUAAAAAGCACUAUCAUUUUCGCUGCAUCUGGACUGAAAGGGGGCUGAGUACGGAUAUAAUGACCAUACGUUCUAUUCGGGGGAAGACGGUAGCAUCGAGCACAACUGAUGUGGCAUGUCGACGGACCCCCGAAGGAAGAAUAAUUUGCUUCGGUGAUGAUCAGACAACUCUGAGAGAAAGGAAGGUGGUAUUUGAAUCUCCAAAGGGGUCGAAUGGUGUGGUGAAGUUGGCAGCUUGUGACCACUGUCGCCUUGUUGGAAUUGUGAAAGCUGAAUUAUUUUCCACGAUCGCAGUUUUCCCUUUUUCUGUCGCAACUCUAGGCACGAUCGGGAACUCGUCCAGGCUCUCUGAUCGGAUCUGGAGGCUCUCUGAUCGGAUGUCGAUGGCGACUUGUCAAUGUAGCCUCUCUGGAGAUCGGCUGAACACCGUCGACGACAUCGAUGUCACACCUACCUACCUGGAGGAGGGGGGUGAGACGGCAUUCUGGCUACUUCCCAGGCUUUAAUCAGUUGUCGGUUGUAACCUCUGGGGGACCAUGUUACGUCGCGAUAUCCCAAACAUCAAGCUUCGGUAUGCCGUGCGAUUUUCGUACUCGUGGUUUUCAGAUAGCAAAGCGGUUCCGGCAUCUGCGCUGCCUUGCCGAACUGCUCGGAGUAGCUUCUCUCUCGCGUUUCGUACCCCCAUAAUCGUAUAUGCGGUCAUGUUGACAAGACCUAGGUUACGGCGGAGUCGCAUUGACAAGUCCACUCGCUUGUGUUGUUUCACAAUAGCCUGGGAGGAGGGCAGUGUUUGGAGGAAGGGAGAGGAGGGGGGGAGUAGUGGAAUGAGUUGAGCACAGACAUGGACGGGUAGAGGCAAAGAUUACGCAUGCCCACGCGCACACGCCCACUCGUUUGUGGCGAGCAAGCGCUCAUAGCGGGCGGUCCGCAUCUGUGAUAUCCGGAACAUCGGGAGACGUUGGUUGGGAAGGUUUCUGGCGCAAAGGAGGGGUGACGAAACAAACAGGUCGGUGCUGUGCUGGAAGAAGGCAAUUGUAAAGAGAGACAAAAAAGGGAUCGACAGAUUCGAACACGGCAUUUUGCCUGCUGUUUCUAGGAAAGAGAAACGCUGCCUUUUCAGAAGGGAGGAGGAAAAGAGGAUGCUGCCUUGUGUGAGGAAUUUUGUAUAGUAAUUGAGAAGAAAGGUGGGAGCAUUGAUCAGCUUUCUGUGUGAGCGACUCCGAGAGAAAAAAUACGACUUGCAGAUGCGACAUGUCUGCGAAAGCGCAAAUUUGAUAGUUUUUUUUUUUUUUUUUUUUUUUUUUUGUGGAAAUUUGAUAGUUCUGGUUGCUGGGUGUUCAGAGGAUCAACAUGUUUAUGUCCCCAGUGUGAGUGAGGUGAACCUGUUCUGCGUUGUGUGCAUUGUUCGUCUGUUUAUUUCAUCUGAGUCUCAUGCAUGGGCUUUCAAACACGUUGCGCAAGUCGCUAAAACAACUAUGCACGCCCAAGGUAUUGUUUGCAGCAAUUGGCAUUAUCGAGAACGUACAAGUCGAGCACAGUUUGCUCUCUCUCUCUCGCUAAGAUUGUACCAGGCAUAAUCUUGUUUUUGACAACUUUUUGUACUUGUUUAAUUUAAUCAAAGCUUGCAAUGUCU